AUGGCUCAGAGUGGCUCGGGCCAGGAAGCGAUGACGACGACGACGACGGCGGCGGCGGCUACGACGGCGGCGGCGGCGGCUGCGACUGCUGCGGCUACGACAACAGGCGACAUUGAGACGGGAACAGGCUUCCCGACCAAGUUGCUCAACCCAGAGCCGUACCUGAGCGAGCUCGCGGCCACGCUGAGGGUCUCCGUUUGUGGGGCAGGCUGGAACGAAGGCGCACUUGCCUUUCGCUGUCUCACCUGCCAGGUCUCCGACUCUUCGGCUAUCUGUGCCGCCUGUUUCAAAGCCUCGGAUCAUGCUGAUCAUGAGUACAAGAUGUACAAAUCGGGCUUUGGCGGCGUGUGCGACUGUGGAAACGAGCUGGCAUGGGCAAGAGAGGGCUUCUGCUCCGCCCAUCAGGGCUACGAUCCUGACUUCAACACCCUCAGCCAGCUCCCGCCCGACCUUCUCGCUCGAGCGCGCAAGCUCAUGGUGCUGCUGCUCAACGCGCUCGCACAUGUGCUGGCCCCGCACUCGGUGCCCAUUCCCGACGCGCUCGCCCUUGCCUCACCAGCACCGGACAUCCUUGCUACAGACAUCAUGGACUAUGUCCUCGGCAUCUCGAACCUCUCGGACGCCUUUCGUCUAAUCGUCACCGAGGCCUUCACCUUUCCGGUUACACUCAUGCCGCUGAUUGACGGCACCACGCCGACGGCCCAUGCCGUCGCCGCCGCCGUAGCCGACUUUGAGGCCUCGGGCGCACUCGACGCCGACACGCCGCUGCCGUCGGUAGACUACCUCGCGCCACUGCCAGUGCGCAAGGAAGAUGCGGGGACCGGCUUGGCGCUACCGCCGGCUGGUGUCGGCUUUGAGAGCCUACUCGACGCUGCUUGCUCGGCGUUCCUCACGCACACUCCGGAGCUUAACGACGCCUUCUCGUCGUUUGUCAUGUCGCUCCUCAACGACUUUCGCAUGAAGCAGCAGUUUAUGCGGGUCUUCAUGACGUACUACGCCCACAUGGCGCGCCACCUGCCGCGCCUUGCCCUCCGCGAUGCUGGUCAGCCGGCAGCCGUCCGCGAGGCGUCCAAAAAGUUCCUCGAUGACCUGGUCAAUCGGCUCUCGGCGCAGCUCUUCUCGUUCCCGCACAUCAUGCUCGAAGUGUUUGACACUUACAACCUGCUUGGCGUUAUCACCGAUGCCGUCCGUCUCGUCCUCGAGUCGACCGCUGCAGACUUUCCGUACGCUCCGCAGACCUUUGCCUCGCGCGCCGAGGCCGUGGCCUCGGGCAUCCGUUUUGCGCCGGUCGUUCGCCGCAUCGACGUCACCUCGCCCAUCAUCGAGCAGCGCCACUACUGGUCGUUUUCCAACGACAUUGUCUCUAUUCUGGGCCACGCCGAAAUUGCUGCGCACUGUCUCACUGCGCCGCGGGUCUUUGACGCGCUCCUUGACCUCGCUGCGACGGCCAACGAGAUUUUCCCCAUGUUCCAGCUCCAGGUCGGUCAGUACGAUGCAUGGGCGGCCAGCCUCACGCUCCAGGCCGAAGUCGUCCAGCCGUUUUCGUCGUUUGCCGACGGUCUCCGCCACCACCAUGCCGCCCACGCCGACGUCGGUCCAUGUGAUUGCGUUGAGAUCAUGCAGAGCGUUAUUCGCCGUGCCGCCGACAAACUGAUCGCCACAGAGACGACGCUUGCCGCGGAUACCACCCCGACCAACCGCGACAGCACGGUCCCGUUUGCGUCGCGCUCGGUCGGCGCCGGCGUCUCGCUCUGCUACCCGCUGCAACGGGUAGUGGCCCAGCUUGUCAGCAUCGCUGUCAACGACCUCGCGCAGCUCAAGAUGGCUGGCGAGCCGGUGGCCGUGCCGAGCGUGGCCGAGCUGUUUGGCGUUGCCGGCGACGAACCCGCCGCCCGAGCAGCAGCCGUGAAGCUCGCGACGGCCCUGUUUGUUCGUCCGAUGCGCGCCCAGGCCUGGCUUGCCCAGACCCGGACUGGAGCCUGGCGUCGCGGCGGCAAGGGUAUUGAGACCACAGUGUACGUCUACGUCUCGUCGGGAUUUGGCGCCCGUCUCCGCGACCUAGACACUUUUGCGAUGCAGGUCGCUCUCUCUCUGGUGGCCAACGAGACCGAGUCGCUGCUUCUGCCGGCAGCAUCCGCGUUUGGCAUUGGCCCGCCCGAGUUUGCGGCUAUUGUCGACCUCCAUUCACCAACCGUCUCCCAGUACGAUGGCUUCCUCACCUUUGUCUAUGCUCUCGCCACGGACCGGCUGCAGACAGGCAUGCCCCUCAAGGCCGCAGUCAAGCGCGAGUUAGUCCAUCGGCUGGCCUGCGCGCCGGCCUCGUUCUCUAUCAUCCAGCGCCAGCUCGGCUCGACCUUUGCUCGCCACCCGGCAUUCUCGGACAUCCUCAACUCGAUCGCCGACUUUGUGCCGCCGACCGAGUCGCAUUCUUCAGCGUACAAGCUCAAGCUGGACUCGUGGUUCCUGUUCGAGGCCACCUUCCCGCGGUACUCAUCGCGCGAAGCUCACACCGCCCGCGAAAACUACUCGGCCAUCCGGCGCUCCGCUGCCGACAAGGUCAAGCUCUCGCCGCUGCCACUGCCAGACGUCCACCGCCACCUUGUGCCGGCCUUUGCCUGGCUCCCGGACCUCCUCUCCAACCAUCUGGUCUUUGCACUCACCUGGAUGUUUGCCUUUCACGUCUCGGGUGCGCCGGGCGCUGCCGAUGCUGCGCCGCCAUCGUCGCUCUUUUACGCCCACUACUACUCGCUCGGUACGCUGCUGCAGGCCACCCGCCCACUCGACGUCGAAUCUGACACGAGAGUGGGAGACGCGUGGCGCGCGGCCAUGGACCAGCGCCCGAUGAUUUCGACGCUAGACGACGCACUGGGCGUGUUCUUUGACCUUGACGAGUCGCCACUUGGCGCGUGCCUUGAAGCGGUCAUCUGCAUGCGAUUUCGGGUGGCACCGCCGUCGGGCGGGACUGACCUACCAGAGGUCUCGGUCCUGGGCUCGCUCAUCCGGCUCCACGACUCGACUGCCGACGCCGAGGAGCUGUCGGUGGUGCAUGCGGUGCUUGCGCGGGCAUGGGCGUUUUCGGCCCUCGUCCGCGGUGAGAUGGAAGGCGUCCUGGAGAAGGCUGGCGAGAGCGGGGCAUCGCUACUAGCAUCGCUGGCGUCGGGCUCUGGUGUUGUCGACAACGCCAAGGAGGCACGACGCCUUCGGGUCAAGCGCAAGCGCGAGCGCAUCCUCGCCAAGAUGCAAAAGCAGCAGUCCAAGUUUAUCUCAAACCACGGCGCACUGUACUCGGAGGACGGCGACGACGACGGCGAGCCAAGCGGCACCGGUAGCAGCAGCCAGGCCGAGGCCGCUGAGGCCGCUGCACACGGCGAUGGUGCGCUCUCGGCGCCACUGGGCCUUCCGGAGCGCCCUCCGUCUACGAGCUCGCUCUCGUGUGUCCUAUGUCACGUCGCCGGGCCGCGAUACGACGGCGCGGACACCGAGACUGCCACUGGUCGCGGCGGCGGUAUCCUUGGCCCGAUCUGCGCUGUCGGCUUUGCCUCUCCACAUGGCUUAUUUGCUGACGAAUGGGCGGCGGUGACUGCGCUCAAGACCCGUGUUGAUCGUGGCACCGGCCACGAGCGCAACGAGGCAGGGUCCAACGCCAAUCCUGGAGUCGAGCCCCAGCCUGAGCCGUCGAUCGACUCCGACUCUGACUCGGAUUCUGACUCGGAGGGGCCGCCACCGGCGCCGAUCCGGCGCGAGUCUCUCAUGGCCCGCCUGCAGUCGAUGAUUGUGGCGCUAUCCGGGCAGCGCCCGCGGGAAGGCUUGGGCACAGCUGGUGAGGACGACACGGGUCAGCCGGGUCCGAGCGAGACGAGCACGCCGAUGGAAGAGGAGGGCAACGGGGAGGUCCGGUCGAGUGACGAUGCGCCGGUGGCGCUAGCACUCAACAUGCGACCGCUGCCGGAGCCCAACGCAGUCGGCGAUAUGCUGGAGCCUCCGCCGGCAGCGCCGCCGUCGAUCCACUUUUGCGGGCACUUUUGUCACGCCUCGUGCAUGCAUGCCUACUUUCAGACGCUGCUCAACAAGCGUUGGACCGGCGCCGCCAACGUGCGUCUCGGAGAGUUUCUCUGUCCUCUCUGCCGGCGGCUCUCAAACGUUGCGGUGCCGCUGGGGGCGAGCGAGGCGGAGAGCGUGGCGCCGGUGGAAGCGGCGGCGUACACGCUAAGCCCUGUCUCGUACGGCGGGUGGGCCGAUGCGGUGGAGACGGUGACAGAAUCCAGCGGCGGAGCAAGCGAGAGCGUGGCGCGAAUGGCUGCCGCCGCCGGAGAGUUUCCGGAGCCGAUGGCCGAGGCGCUGGUGACGAUGGUGGAACGAGUGGGGCUUGCGACGACGUCGUGCCCACCGCACAUGGCGGCACAGCCGAGCAUGGCGUCGGUGGUCUUUGCGCUCGCGCCGCUGCGUGCGCUGGUGGCGGCGGAAGAGGAGGCUGCGCGAAUGAGCGUGGGGACGGUGGUCCAGGCAAGCGCGCUGGUUGACUCGGCGUUUUCUGACGAGCCGCGGAAGCGGCGGCUCAUGUUUGGCCUGCACGAUGCUGUGCGGGCGGGCAUCGGCGUUCUCGCGCAUCGGCGCGAGAGCGUGGCCAGCGGCAUCGUUGCCGCCCUUGCCAACUCGCUCACAGCUGCCGGUCCGAGCGGUAGCGGCGGCGAGGAUGAUGAGCGCGAAACAGUGGUCCUCGACUCGCUAGAGCUGUUCCAGCUGCUCGUCCUGCUGCAGAAUGGCGGGCGGGUGGAUGCGGACGGGUUCCGAGCAGCGGCGCGGGUGGCGGUGGCGUACGAGGUUGCGAGCUUCCUGGUGCGGGUGGCCGUGGAGGACGACCUCGCGCGACUGGUCGAGCCGCUUGUGGAAGUGGUGGCCGGGCCCGAGGUUGCCGCGCCGUUUGUGGCUGCACUCCAUUCGCUCCGGACGACGAUUCCGCCGCUUGGUGCAGUCUCGACCGGCGUGCAGGCAACGCUGGAUCGGAUCCGCAAGAUGCUCGUGCUUGGGCCAGCGGUGAUGGCUGGCGCGCCGAACGACGAGGUUGGGGCCGAGGCCGUGCUUGCCGCCAACGUGCUCCCGUUGCUCCGGCGGCUGGUGGUGUACGGGAGCGGGCCGCUCGGGCUCGGGUUCGAGUCGAGCGCAGGUUCGGUCGAGGAGGCACCGGCAACCGCAGAGGCCGAGGCCGAGGCACUGCUGCGAUUGAUCGGCGUGAGCUCGGGUGGGUUUGGCAUAGUGGCCGAGGGCGGGCCCGGAAUGGCCAAAGCGAUGCUCAGCUGGAUCCAUCCGCAGCUCGUGGUGUGUGCACCGGUGAGGCGCACGCUGCCAACGUACCUCGGGUGCGAGAUCGGCGGUCCGCCUGCGCUGGAGCUUGUGGCCCUGCCGCGGGCCUACGAAGAGGUGUACCAGGAUGCGUUUACCCAGCCGUGCGACAAGUGCGGGGAGAUUGCGGCACAGCCCAUCAUGUGCCUCUUCUGCGGCAAGAUCAUGUGCACAUACCCGGGGCAAAAGUCGACGUCAACGUCACGAUGCCGCAACGGGUACCAGCAUGCGCGUGAGUGCCGCGGUGGUGGUCUCGGUCUGUUCCUCGUCCUCUCUGUCACCUCUGUCCUCCUCCUGCGGGCAAACCGGUUCUCGUGGUCCCAUCGACUCUACUUUGACCGGCACGGCGAACCAGACGUUAACCUCACCCGCGGUCUGCCAGUCUUUCUGCAGGAGAGUCACUACAUGGCGCUGGCGCUCGCCGCCGUCCGCAACGGCUUUGACUGGGAUUCGGUGACCAAGGAGAUCCGGCGGGAGGAGCUGUGCUCGUGGUAAGGGCGAGGUGGGUGAGACCUUCUUCAAUGCAACGCGCCAGGAAGGCAAGCGCGACGGCGCCAUCAUCGGCGUCUGUUCUGAGCGUUGUACUUGACAGCGUUGUUAAAGGCGGUGAGCCAGUCGGAGAGCUCGCCGGCGUUGUAAAAGCCAAGAAUGUAG